GUCAGCCAUCUUGCUAGCAGUAUUUCGGCGCUCGGCCAUUUUUGUUGCGUCGACGUCAAGUGUGGCCAGAGGCCUUUCAUAGUAGUCAGUCUUCGAAUUUCCUUUGCAUCGAAGUAGCGACAAGCGGACACUGUAAUUAUAACAACUUGACUUAAUUGACAAGUUUCCUUCGUAGAUCAGCAAGGAGCGGAAGGAGAGAGGAAAGUAGCGAACAAUUAAAAUUUUUUGCUUGGUGAUUGUCUAGGCGAGAAACAGCUAAAGAGAUUCUGCGGCAGAGCCACGAAAAAUACGCACCGAGGCGGAGUAAUAUGAGUAAUGCAGCCAACCAGAAUGGAUCAGGUCUAGAGCAGCAGUUAGCUGGUCUGGACUUGUCAGGCUCCCGCCAACCAAGUGGGGGCCGUUACAUACCACCACACCUAAGAAAUAAAUCUGGAAGUAACGGACCUUCUGCAGGAGAUCAACAUUCUUCCUCUUCGAGAUCAUAUUCUGAGAGAGAUAGAGGAGGCGGUGAACGUGAUCGCGAGAGGGAAAGAGACAGGGGCAGAGGUGGAUCAUCAAGCUAUAGAGAUUCACGAAGUUCUCGUGAUGUUGACUUCGGCAACUUUGGGAACUAUGGUGGACGUAACAGACGAAGUGCAGCCGAAGAAAAUGGAAGAGAUUAUAGAUACCCCAAUUCCGAGCGCGAUCGACCUCGUGAUCGCCCGAUUAGCUCCGGCAAUGAUCGUUGGCCAGAGCCUAGGAAUAACCGUUGGCCAGAGACAAGACAAAACGAUCAUAGAUCAGGAGGUAGCGGCGGUGCUGUUAGGUGGAAGGAAAUUGACUGGACGAUUCCUACUUCCAGAGAUGAGCGAUUGGAGGUGGAAUUAUUUGGCACUGGUAAUACUGGUAUUAACUUUAGUAAAUAUGAGGAUAUCCCAGUUGAGGCUACUGGAGACAAUAUACCUCCACACAUCACAUCUUUCGACGAGGUUCAGCUGACGGAGAUAAUAAAGAACAGCAUUGGUUUGGCUGGUUAUGAUAAGCCUACACCCGUGCAGAAGUAUGCGAUACCGAUCAUCAUUGGACGUCGUGAUGUUAUGGCCUGUGCCCAAACAGGGUCUGGUAAAACAGCGGCUUUUUUAGUGCCAAUAUUGAAUCAGAUUUAUGAAAGUGGGCCACGUCCACCGCCACCACAUGUCAAUUCUUCUGGCAAGCGUAAACAGUAUCCACUAGGUCUAGUAUUAGCACCUACAAGAGAGCUUGCCACUCAAAUAUAUGACGAAGCAAGGAAAUUUGCAUACAGAUCACGUAUGCGCCCUGCUGUUGUAUAUGGUGGUUCCAAUAUUGUAGACCAAAUGCGAGAAUUAGAUCGUGGCUGCCAUCUUCUUGUAGCAACACCUGGCCGUCUCGUAGACAUGUUGUGCCGGGGUAAAAUUGGUUUACAUAAUUGUCGAUAUUUAGUAUUGGAUGAAGCAGAUCGUAUGUUGGAUAUGGGUUUUGAACCACAAAUACGACGUAUAGUCCAAGAAGAUACAAUGCCUCCAACUGGGGAGAGACAAACACUUAUGUUCUCAGCUACGUUUCCCAAGGAGAUACAGAUGUUGGCAAGGGAUUUCCUUAGCAAUUAUAUCUUCUUAGCUGUAGGCCGUGUAGGCUCUACAUCUGAAAAUAUUACUCAGAAAAUUGUGUGGGUGGAAGAACAUGAUAAACGUUCAUAUUUGCUUGAUUUGCUUCAAGCUAGCAACUUAUCAGAUCCUUCUACUGAAUCAUUAACGCUCGUUUUCGUGGAGACAAAGAAGGGUGCAGAUAUGUUAGAAGAGUAUUUACACUCAAUGGGAUAUCCGGUUACCAGUAUUCAUGGUGAUCGCACUCAACGUGAACGAGAAGAUGCUUUGCGUCGUUUCCGUGCUGGUAAAACGCCAAUACUUGUUGCAACUGCUGUUGCUGCCCGUGGUCUCGAUAUUCCGCAUGUAAAACAUGUAAUUAAUUUCGAUUUACCGGGCGACGUGGAAGAGUACGUCCACAGAAUUGGUCGUACUGGUCGCAUGGGCAAUUUAGGUCUAGCAACCUCAUUUUUCAACAGUAAGAAUCAGAACUUGGUGCGUGAUUUGGUGUCUUUAUUGAUUGAGGCUAACCAAGAACUCCCACCAUGGCUGGACGAUUUGUUCAGCGAAGUAAGGUAUUCUGGAGGUGGAUCUCGACGUGCUGGUGGCAGUACUAAAGGGCGAUUUAGCGGUGGGUUCGGUGCAAGAGAUUACCGUCAACAACCCAGCUCUGGACCCGUUCGUAAUAACGGUUCCUCUAACAGACCUGGUGGUUAUGGAGGUAACUACGGAGGUUAUGGCGGGAAUUAUAAUAAUUCAUCGCAUAAUAAUUCUGCUAACAACGGAAGCAGCAAUGGCACCGAUUGGUGGGGGGAGCAUUAACAACCGAGACGACGAGUUUGGACAGUGACGCGCGAAGGAAGGCAGUGAUCUCGUUUCGAAAACAUUCAUGGAGGGAUAUAUGAGGAUUUGUCAGGCGCUAGACAAAGAUAUGUAAGAUCCAUCCAAAGUUUCGUUGCCGUGCGUGUUGAGGAACACAAGUAGUCUAAAUCACUAAUGAAUCGAAUCGUUAUUGCCUAGACGGGAUAUAACGAUAAAACACAUAGUAGGUGGAGGAACUUAGUAAAAUUUUUUAGAACUCCUGUCGAGACUAUGGGGCUCGUUGUAGCUCCAUUAUUUAAAUUUUUUGAAGGAUGUUAUGUGCGUAUCUUCGAGAAUUAUGGCGUCUAACAGAGAAAUUAAUAUAGCUUUAAAUGCACAAGUGCUUUAGUACUCCCGCCUGAAUGGCCAGUAACUUGUGUAGUUUGAUUUAAACUGACGGCGCCAUCUUUUUUUGUUUUCUCCUUUUUGUUUUGUUAGUUUCUUUUUCUUUAUUAUUAUUAUUUUUUUUAAUGUAACGCACUUAUAAACUUGACUAGGCGCCUAGGAUACGUCAUAUCAUCGCCAUCGCCAUAGAAUUCGUGACGAUUCCUGUUUUAAAUUUACUGUAAUCCAGCGACGAAUGGUACUUUGUUGUUUUGCCGUCCCCAGAUACAGACGACGUUGCGCCGGCAAUAUCAUGGUUUUAUCGACUGAAUUGCGGUGAAAUAUUCCACUAGUCGAAAGCUUUGAUAUUACGAAAAGGACACAGGCUGCGUCUUAGGAUUACUUUUAGAAAUCUACGUUUGUAUUUCUGUCUCGCGUCCUCUUAAACCGAUAAGUAAGUUUCAUAACAGGAACACUGUAAACUAAUUGCUCAUUUUAAUCUAACUUAAUUAAAAGUGUCGUUUUAUUUAAAAUUUUGGUCGCUGUAUCUAGAGAAUAGGCUGUAACGUUUCAGCAAGCGCGUCAGGUAUAUAAUUCGUUGUACCUGAAUUUUUAAUGUACUCUAAUUAGAAUUUCUAAACGUAACAAAGACGUUGUCCUGUAAAAAUGGUAUGAUGGUGCGUUAUAAAAAUGAAAAAAAAUGAAUCUUAGGUCGCAGUUACUGGGUGCGAGUGCUCUGGAACGAAAGCAUGAUAUUGUGAACGGAAGAUAACGUUAAACGGGUAAAAAAAUGAAUACGGUUGCAGUUACAGAAGGGAAAACUUCAAAAAAGAACGAAAGAGCAAACCAUACGUGCACUGUUAGAAGUUGGUUCAAUUUUGUGGAGAAAAAUGAAAGAACAAACGAACAAACGAAAGAAAGAAAGAAAAAUAACGAUGAGAAUUAUACAAAGAAGCAAGCCCUUUGAAACAAGAAGGCGAAAGGCGCACUCAUAUUUUAUAACUGUAUUUAUCAGUACGCUAUAUAUAGAUAUAUAUACAUACUAAGUAAUAUUCGUAAAUACAUAAACAUUAAAAUAAUUGAAAAACGACUGUGAUAUUGAACGAUCUUGUGACAUUCAAUUUCCACGCGAAUUGAUAAAUAUGAACAAUUUAACGAAAUACAAAUGCUAAAUGUAUUAAUUAAUUGGUAUUGAAUGUCAGGGAAAGCAUAGAAGCUCAGUUUUGUUUGAGCUGUGAAAAAAUGGGAAUAUUAAGUCGUUAAAUACAUGAAGAAACCACGUGGCUGUUGUCCGAUCGGGGAGGGCUGAACGCUCGGCUCUUAAGUCCUGAAAACACGUUUUUUGGGGCAUUGUUUCUACUUAAAAGAAAAAAGAAAUGAAUGAAAGAAAGAAGGAAAAGAAAAGAAAGAAAAAGAAGAAGAAAACGAAAUGAAAUGAUUAAAAAAAAAUGUGUAACGCGCAUCAAUGGUAGAUGAUGAACGGCGGAACGCGUCAUUACUGGAUGAUGAUGUUGGUAGGGCUUUAUAGAAUAUCGAUAUCUUUUGUGCAAACGUCGGAUUCUUACCUAAACCUAUGUGAGAAAAAGUACAAAUUCGAUUUGCGUGACAACUGACAGGAUUUUUAGACAUGUCAUAACUUAUACCUGUUAUAUUAAUAGAUUUAUAGUGCAAUCGCGUGCGUGAAUCGUAUGCCGUGUGACCGUGGACCAAGGUGUGAAUGCCUCCUUGCGAUAUAAGGGGGAGGAAAAUAAUUAUUUCAACUAGAACAUUUCAAAUAGUGUUACGAGUAAAUAUUGUUGGCUUCCGAACCAUAUGGUGUGUGUGGUUUUCAAAUUCUCUAUAAUAUGAUUUCAUCGUCGAGUUCAUCUGUCAACUCGGAGGCCCUGCCAAGAACAUUACAAGAACCCACAGUGAAGAGUGACGAUCGAUCAUUUUUUCGUUUAUAUAGUGUACAACUCUAUUUACGGCAACGCAGAUAUCUUCAGUUGGACGAUCGAGUUUGUCGAGAAAAAUAGUAGAUCUUGCCGUAAUAGUACUACUACUACUACUAUUACUACUACUACUAUUACUACUACUACUACUACUACUACUACUACUAUUGCUACUAUUAUUACUACUACUACUAUUAUUAUUAGUAUCAUUAUUGCUAUAAUAUUAUUCUUAGUUAACGAUUAUUACUGUUACAUUAUUCGUUUUCUCAACAACGUCUACGUCGGUUUCGUAGGUGGUACUACCGUGUACGCGCAAGCUUUUUCAGAAACAGCUUUGCUGUUUGCGUUUGUGUUAUUUUACACUGCGAUAGAAAGAGAACGAGUAUAACGGUGGCUAUUGGACAUUAUUAUCCUGAAUAAUUAUAUAUAUAUAUAUGUAUAUAUGUAUAUAUACAUACAUAUCUCAUGAUGUAUUUCAUAUAUGUAUUUUAUAUAUACAUAAAUAUUUAAUAUGUAUAUUUUUUCCGUUAUUUAAAAAAUUAUAAUCGUUCAUGUAAUUGAAUACGAACAGCUACACUUGUACCCGUACAUGCACAUAUUAUAAAAACAUUCGUAAUGAAAAUUCUGGAUUCUACUGUCCAAUCGUUCGCCGAUGCAACGAAUACAUAUGACGCGUCGAUGUAAGUUAUUAGUCCUGUGCAGUUGGAAGUAAUAUGUUUAUUUACGAGUAAUAUGGUGGACAGAGAUCAUGCAAGUAACGUCAACUCGCAAAUACGCAAAAAUAUUUUUAUACUUAUUUCUCUCCUAGUUAUAACAAUAUUUUUAUAUAUGCAACAGUGUUGGUCGUCGAGCGGUCAAGGUGUACUAUUGAGUUCAUGUAUUUUUUGUCUAUUCUCUUUUUUUUUAAUUUAUAUUUUUCCAUAUCGCGAACAAACCGUCGAUCGAAUUUAAAAGGUUCAAUUGUCGGUGUGAUUUUGAUCGCGAAAAUCAGGAUUAUUGACAAGUUAAAAUUUACGUGAUAAUCGGAUGUCCACCGUUUCCGUAACCGGUAUACGUAUACAAAUUCAAGUACGGCAUUAUAAUUUAGAUGGUAUUAGCAUCUUUAGAGAAGAUAGGAGAACGAUGUAAUAAACGAAACUAUUAUUUAUUAACGUUUUAAGUAUUUAUUAUAGUUUUUUUCUCUCUUUCUGUUAUUUCUCUCGGAAGGACAGUGGUCGCGUAUUUGUACCGUACACAAAGUACCUUUAACAAUUGUUUGGUCCUCUAAAGUAUAUCGGACGAGCAGCCUUAAUAAACACUUACGGAUCUACACAAAGCGGAACGAUUAGAAAGAAACGAUACAAAAUAAAAGGAAGAAAAAGAAAGAAAAAAGAAAUCAAUCAUAGUGCGAAACGAGAUAAAAAGACCGUGAGAGGGGCUAUGUACGAAAAGUGAAUAGUGUUACACGUCCCGUGUAAUGUGAAAAAUAAGAAAAACAUUUGAGAAAGAAAGAAAAUGGUGGCGUUUAACUGUGACUGCAAUCAUUACUACUACAAGCAAAGAAUGCGCAAUUAUUGAAGCACACAUACACACAAGAUAGAAACAUUUAAUUGUAAAUCCAUUGUAUUUAUCACGUACGCAUCACGCAACAGUGUUGGGAGAGAGACGGCGUGCCACGCGUAAAUAGCGUCGCUGAAAACACUAUUGUUGUCGCGUGCUGUAUAGAUAAUAGUUUCCUUUACCAUUUCCUUUUUUUGUAUUGUAUAUGUUUACGCAUGCUCGAUUAUUCGAAUGUUCGUGCGUGUUCGAUUUGCUCUCGAGUUUUGUAAGGAAAGGGAUAAAAUAUAAAGGAUAAUGGAAAACGAGGGGCGGGGGUGAAAAAAGAUUUUUACGCGCUUGUUGUAUGUCUACUCGAGCAGUUUUUUUUCUUUGUUCAGUGCGUGAAGGUAAACGAAGCUAUAUAAUACUCAGAAACACAAAUGAGUGGAAAGAAAAACGAGGUUGAGUGAAAUUUGAUGUAUGCGCGCGAAUGGAGAAGGCGAUGGAAACGGUCGAAACGAGAGAAAAGAUGAUGGUAAAAGAGCACACGCGUUAGGGAAUGGCGGUAACGAGAAAUUCGUUAGGCGAAACAAGGCGGGAUGGCAAACGAAAAUGAAUGUCUUCGAACUUUUACGAAUGUUAUUUCGUGUCGAGUUAAUAGGCGUCGCUUGUUGAAUCGAGUAACGCGAUGAUGACGCGCGUUGGAAAAAUGAAGUAAGUGAAUGAAACUUCAAUGGAAGCGUGUCGCGCAAUAUUGUCACGCUUCCGACAACGAGUCUCGGUGGUUGUGUUCAUAUUAUUUCCACGGCCAGUGAUGCUCGUGUGUCAUUCAAUUGUAACUAAUGAUACCGCUAUACAUAUAUAAAUAUAUAUAUAUAUAUAUUUGUAUUUAUACAUAUCUAUAUAUAUGUACAUAUAUAUGUGUGUGUAUAUAUAUGUAUAAAUAUAUAAAUAUAUAUAUAUUGUGCGUUUCACUCGGAACAGCGAGCAAAAUGUCAAGAGUGUGAAAAGAAGAAGAAGAAGAAGAUGAUGAUGAUGAAGAAAAGUAAAGAAACGGAACGGUGAACGUACCAUUCUGUCGGUCUCUUAUUAGUAAUUGCACAUUUACACGCUACAUUAGGUGAACUGAGAAAAAAAUAUGAGAAGUAGGAAACAAAAAUCUGCAAACAACUGUACGUCGUACGGCUAUUGAAUGAAAUAAUAAAAAUAAAGUGUCUGAAAUUGAACAAAAAUAAAGGAACUCAACUUGAAACCUUAUGCAAUGUAUGGUGUAUACAUACGUGUAUAAAUAUGUAUGCAUAAACAUACAUAUAUGUAUGUAUACAUAUUUAUAUAGAUAUGUAUGCACAUUCGAUAUGUAUACAGUCGUUCACUAGCAAUAAGUUACGAUCGCGUUGCAGAAAGCAUGUGCAUCUCGUGCUGAGAUGAAAGAGCACGUGUAUUUCGUGAAGAAUGAUGUAGAGUGUCAAUAUUGUUACAAAUACCUCAUAAGAGACGAUGGAUCACGUGUAUUAUUUACAUGUUCAUUCAUUUAGUGAUUCAUUCGUUUAUUUAUAGUAUUAUGCAAAAAUGACAGGAGGAUUCUAUAAAAUGAACCAUCAAAUAAACAAGGAAAAAAAGAUUAUGCGAUGUAGAGUCUUUUUUAUAUGUACACGCUUUUCUACCCCGUGAUUUACAUUGAAAUUGAUGAAUCGCUUUACCUUUUACCGAAACACGUAUUUCAAACGAAAUAGUUUGUAUACACAGUUAUUUUAUUUUGCUUCGUCGUGUGAGUAUAUUCGAAUCAGAGGGUAGGUAUUCUUUAUUUUUCGGGUUGUUCUUGCAACAAUUGCAUAAUCUUUUGUGCUGGGUGAAUUUAAAUCUGUGUGAUUUCAAUAUAUACGUUCUUUUAUGUUGUAUAUUUUUCUGUAUUCUACAUGCCAUCGGUGGUAGAAUCAUAAUGCAGCUUUUAUCUGGUAGACAAAAAUAUUUAUUAAAGUAUUUUGGACAGUUACCAAAUGCAUGUAUAUCAAUAAAAACACAAAUUCUAAAUCAACUUUCCAAAAAGUUUGUGUAGAAGAUAUUUUCCAUAUUUUAACGAUAAUUUUUAAUUGUCAGG